UCCCUCCCGGGGCGGUGCAGUCCGUGCCGGGGCGCGGCUCCGGCGCUGCUCGGCCAUGCGGGCGGGCUGAGCGGCGCCUCCGCCGCCUGUCCCGGGCGAGGAUGGCUUCCAAUUUCAACGACAUCGUGAAGCAGGGCUACGUGCGCAUCCGGAGCCGGCGGCUGGGGAUUUACCAGAGGUGCUGGCUGGUGUUCAAAAAAGCUUCAAGCAAGGGCCCCAAGAGGCUGGAGAAGUUCUCAGAUGAACGAGCUGCCUACUUCAGGUGCUACCACAAGGUCACGGAGCUCAAUAACGUGAAGAAUGUCUCGAGGCUGCCGAAAAGCACCAAGAAGCACGCAGUGGGAAUUUAUUUCAGUGAUGACACCUCCAGAACCUUUGCCUGUGACUCAGAACUUGAGGCAGAUGAGUGGUGCAAGGUGCUGCAGAUGGAGUGCCUGGGAACACGAAUUAAUGACAUUAGCCUUGGAGAGCCUGACUUGUUGGCAUCUGGAGUAGAGAGGGAGCAGAGUGAGAGAUUCAAUGUGUAUUUGAUGCCAUCCCCUAAUUUAGAUGUGCAUGGGGAAUGUACCUUGCAGAUAACAUUUGAGAAUAUCUGUCUUUGGGACAUCCACAAUCCCAGAGUCAAACUCGUCUCCUGGCCGCUAAGUGCCCUGCGGCGCUACGGGCGGGACCCGGCCUGGUUCACCUUCGAGGCGGGCAGGAUGUGUGAGACGGGAGAAGGGCUCUUCAUCUUCCAGACCAGGGAGGGGGAGGCCAUCUACCAGAAGGUUCACUCGGCGGCGCUGGCCAUCGCCGAGCAGCACCAGCGCCUGCUGCAGGGCGCCAAGGACGCCGUGCUGCAGCUGAGGAGGAGCGAGCGGGCGGCGUCGCUGGGCACCGUGGUGCCCCUGCCCCGCAGCGCCUACUGGCACCACAUCCCCCGGCAGCGCAGCACCGGACACCUGCCCGCGCCCGCAGAUGUGUCCAGCCCGGUGAAGCUCCAGCGCACGGACACUUUCCCAGCCUACAGGUCAGAGCAUCGAUAAAAUCCAGGAGGAUUUAACUGUACAAAUUCUUUGUCCUCUGAGCAGCCCCCGGGGGUGACAGUGGUGAUGCCAACCACGGCUGGACGUGCACAGAAGUUCAGCUUGGACAGAAAAUUCCUGCAGUACAAAGGAUUUUUUUAAACUUUGCCAAAAGCAGAAACUCUUCUGUGGAUCCUGGGGAGAGGAACCAAACCACCAAACCCUCGGGUGAUUCUUUUGUAUUUACAGCUGCACAGAGGAGAUCCCUCCCCAAACACCUCCCACUGGUUUUGUAUGAUAGGUACCCUGUAAAUACGUGAGACUCCUGCUGUGCUGUGGUUGUUUUGUCUCCUGACACUGCCCUGUCACCCUGGCUUGUGGCAAUGCUUAUCUUUAGUUAUUCCCAUUAUUGUUACCCUGCUCCUCAUCUCUGGGAUGGUGACCAGUUUGAAGCAGCUCUUGGACACAAUUUUUUCCUGUUUGAAGACUGGAUUGAUUUAUUUUAAAAGAAUCUCCUCUUUCUUGUAUUUAUUUCCAUCUCUGUAAACAUUGAAAAUAAAA